AUGCAGAGCUACGGUUCGACUAGAAAGGCUGCCAUUAAGAAUGCCGAUAUGAGUGAAGACAUGCAAGGGAGAGCUGUCGACUGCGCUCAGGAGGCCAUGUCAAGGUAUAACAUCGAGAAGGAUAUCGCUGCAUACAUCAAAAAGGAAUUUGACAAGACAUACACACCAACGUGGCAUUGUAUUGUGGGGCGUAAUUUUGGCAGCUAUGUGACCCACGAAAUGGGGCACUUCAUCUACUUCUACAUGGGACAGGUUGCCAUUCUCCUUUUCAAAUCUGGUUAA